UCCACGCCUUCGAUGAGAACCGAGACAACCACAUCGACUUCAAGGAGAUCUCCUGUGGCCUGUCAGCCUGCUGCAGGGGUCCUGUUGCUGAGCGCCAGAAGUUCUGCUUCAAAGUCUUUGAUGUGGACCAGGAUGGAGUCCUGUCCCGAGAAGAAGUCCAUCAGAUGGUGGCGGCCCUGCUGGAGGUGUGGAAGGACAAUCGCACCGACACGCUCCCUGAGCUCCACAGUUGUGCAUCAGAUAUUGUGAACAACAUCUUCAACGUGCACGACACAAACAAACUGGGCUGCCUGACCUUAGAAGAAUAUCAAAUCUGGAGUGUGAACAAUCUUCUGGCUUCUGAGUUCUUAAAUCUUCUCUUCCAGGUUUGCCACAUCGUGUUGGGACUCAGACCUGCGUCUCCUGAAGAGGAGGGACUAAUCAUCAGGGGUUGGCUGGAGAGAGAGAAGAGACAAGGACUGCAGCACCAACACACCUGGUUCAUCAUGUCCUCUCUCUGGUGGCAGCAGUGGAAGGACUACACUCAUUAUGAGCCAAAGAGCCUCGGCGUGGAGCAAGGAUCCAUCCUGACCUCUGCUGCAGACCUUGGUUGGUCAGAGGCCACACACAUUGCCAACGCUCACAUGUCCCAGCAGGCGGCACAAAGACCAGCAGCCAUUGACAACCAAGGUCUGGUUGCAAGUGAGCCCGCUAAGGCGCCAACGUUGACCUUGGAGGGCGGGCGGCUGAAGCGCUGCUUGAAGAAGGAUGAAGACUUCACCAUGGUGCCAGAACCCGUGUGGCGGGCACUUUACCACUGGUAUGGUGCCAACCUCAGUCUGCCACGACCAGUCAUCAUGGACAGCAAGACAGGCCAGGCAGAACUGGAGCUGUUCCCUUGCUACCUCCUCUUCCUCCGCCACCAGACCGCCACACGCUCCUCCUCUCAGACCAACAUCUGGCUCAGUAUGGGCAACGUGCCAUCCCCAAACCUUCCCCUGAAGCGAGUGUUGGUGUACAGCGCCUGCUUCAGCCGCAUGGCCACCAUCAAGGACAUCCACCUGUACCUGUGCCAGAGACUUGGCAUCAAGGAGGAAACUGUCCGACUGUGGUUGUUUAUCAGCGAGAACUACCUCACUCUCCUGGACGAUGAAGAUCACACACUUGAAAGUUUGAAGAUCCAGGAUGAGCAGCAGCUGGUUAUUGAAAUCAGGAACAAAGACAUGAGCUGGCCUGAAGAAAUGUCCUUCAUUACCAACAGCAGCAAGAUGGAAAGACAUAAAGUUCCCACAGAGAAAGGAGCAACAGGUCUCAGUAACCUUGGCAACACGUGUUUCAUGAACUCCAGUAUUCAGUGUGUGAGCAACACCCGACCUCUCACUGACUACUUCACCUCUGGGAGACACCUGUAUGAACUCAACAGAUCCAACCCCAUCGGUAUGCGAGGUCACAUGGCCAAAUGUUACGGUGAUCUGGUCCUGGAGCUGUGGAGCGGAACCCAGAAGAACAUAGCACCCCUCAAACUCAGGUGGACCAUAGCCAAGUAUGCUCCUCGCUUCAAUGGCUUCCAGCAGCAGGACUCCCAGGAGCUGCUGGCCUUCCUGCUGGAUGGUCUGCAUGAAGACCUGAACAGAGUCCAUGAGAAGCCCUACGUGGAGCUGAAGGACAGCGAUGGUCGUCCUGACUGGGAAGUGGCGUCUGAGGCCUGGGAGAACCACCUGCGCAGGAACCGCUCCAUCGUGGUGGACCUGUUCCACGGUCAGCUGAAGUCCCAAGUCAAGUGCAAGACCUGUGGUCACAUCAGCUCCCGUUUCGACCCCUUCAACUUCCUGUCGCUGCCUCUGCCCAUGGACAGCUCCAUGCACCUGGAGAUCACUGUCAUCAAACUGGAAGGCUCCAUUCCUGUGCGCUACGGUCUAAGGUUGAACAUGGACGAGAAGUACACCGGACUCAAGAAGCUGCUGAGUGAACUCUGUGACCUGAAGCCUGAACAGAUUCUUCUGGCUGAGGUCCAUGGUGCCAACAUUAAGAACUUCCCUCAGGAUCACCAGAAGGUGCGUCUGACUGUCAGCACCUUCUUGUGUGCCUUUGAGAUCCCAGUGCCAGGCUCGCCAACGUCUCUACACUCACCUCACCUGCCAGACUGCAGCACUGUAGCUACAUGUAGCACCGGCCUCCACCCUGAACCUCCUUUCACCUGCCAUGAGGAGGCAGUCACCAUGGAAACGCCCCUCGUGAAUGGACUGACCAACGGACACAGGCAUGAAAGUGCUGUCACCGGUUACAUCAUCGCCAUGCACAGAAAGAUGAUGCGCACAGAACUUUACUUCCUGUCGUCCCAGAAGAACCGUCCCAGUCUGUUUGGCAUGCCUCUGAUAGUUCCCUGCACUGUGCAUACCACCAAGAAGAACCUCUAUGACGCCGUCUGGAGGCAAGUGUCCAGGCUGGUCAGUCCACUGCCCCCGCAGGACUCCAGCAACCACGCCCAGGACUGUGACGACAGUCUGGGAUACCAGUACCCUUUCACUCUGCGGGUGGUGGACAAAGAUGGUACCUCCUGUGCAUUGUGUCCCUGGUUCUGCCGAGGCUGCAUGAUCGCCUGUAGUGAAGAAGAAGUUUCUCUGGGUACUUCCUACAUUUCUGUGGACUGGGACCCAACUGCUCUGCACCUCAGAUACCAGACUUCACAGGAGAGGGUGGUGGAGGAGCACUGCAGUGUAGAUUUGUCACGUCGCUGCCAGGCAGAACCCAUCAGUCUACAAAGUUGUUUGAAGGCGUUCACCAGCGAGGAGGAGCUGGGAGAAGACGAGCUCUACUUCUGUUCCAAGUGCAAGAACCAUCGACUGGCCACCAAGAAGUUGGACCUCUGGAGGCUUCCGCCUAUUCUGAUCGUCCACCUGAAGCGCUUCCACUUUGUCAAUGGUCGUUGGAUCAAAUCCCAAAAGAUCGUCAAGUUCCCGAUGGAGGACUUUGACCCCAGCACCUUCUUGGUUCCUAAAGACCUUGACCAGCGCUUGCUUCAUUCCCACUCUUCUUCUACCUCCAGCAAAAAGUUCCCAUCUUCCCUGAGUGGGAGCAGUAGCCCCAAGGCGAGCGCUGGAGACAUCAAGCUAUGUCCACAUGCGUCCCACCUGAGUAGCACACCUGGCCCCCCCAAGAGCACGGAGUACCAGCAGGAAUGUGCUGAGGCUCAGCCACAGGGACACAGGAUGCAGGGGGACACCUGCAGGGCUCCACUUGGAGGGGAGGAGCACUUGGAACAGCCAGCUGAGUCAGUGGUAGCGUAUUCUAUGGUGCCCGCAAGGCACACUGAUGACGUCAUGGUCCCCCACACUGAUGACGUCAUGGCCCCCCACACGGAUGACAUCAUGGUCUCCCACACUGAUGACGUCAUGGCCCCCCACACUGAUGACAUCAUGGUCCCCCACACGGAUGGCGUCAUGGUCGCCCACACUGACGACGUCAUGGCCCCCCAGACUGAUGACGUCAUGGCCCCCCACACUGAUGACGUCAUGGUCGCCCACACCGAUGACGUCAUGGUCCCCCACACUGAUGACGUCAUGGCCCCCCACACUGAUGACAUCAUGGUCCCCCACACGGAUGACAUCAUGGCCCCCCACACUGAUGGCGUCAUGGCCCCCCACACUGAUGACAUCAUGGCCCCCCACACUAAUGACAUCAUGGCCCCCCACACUGACGACGUCAUGGCCCCCCAGACUGAUGACGUCAUGGCCCCCCACACUGACGACAUCAUGGCCCCCCACACUGAUGACAUCAUGGUCCCCCACACUGAUGACAUCAUGGCCCCCCACACUGACGACAUCAUGGCCCCCCACACUGAUGACAUCAUGGCCCCCCACACUAAUGACAUCAUGGCCCCCCACACUGAUGACGUCAUGGUAAACGGCGUGAACUCUGACUGCAACACUGGGCUCUCGUGCCAAGAAAAGAAGUGUUUGGAGUCCAUCUACAAGCUCUAUGCAAUAUCAUGCCACUCAGGAAUCAUGGGCGGGGGCCACUAUGUCACUUACGCCAAAAACCCCAAUGGCAAGUGGUACUGUUACAAUGACAGCAGUUGUAAGGAAGUACAUUCUGCGGAGAUUGACACUGACUCGGCGUACAUCCUCUUCUACGAGCAACAGGAAGUCAACUACUCCCACUUCCUGCCAAGGACUGACGGCAAGAAGAUGGCCGACACCAGUAGCAUGGAUGAAGACUUUGAGUCAGACUACAAGAAAUAUUGUGUCCUCCAGUGAUCCACUUGGUCUUCUAAGUAGCAGGUGGACUGUAGAGAAUGACUAAGUAGUACUCUGAUCAUGCAUUAUACUGUAAAGAAUGACUAAGUAGUACUCUGAUCGUGCAUAAUACUGUAAAGAAUGACUAAGUAGUACUCUGAUUGUGCAUAAUAUUGUAAAGAAUGACUAAGUAGUACUCUGAUCAUGCAUUAUACUGUAAAGAAUGACUAAGUAGUACUCUGAUCGUGCAUAAUACUGUAAAGAAUGACUAAGUAGUACUCUGAUCGUGCAUAAUACUGUAAAGAAUGACUAAGUAGUACUCUGAUCAUGCAUUAUACUGUAGAGAAUGACUAAGUAGUACUCUGAUCAUGCAUUAUACUGUAAAGAAUGACUAAGUAGUACUCUGAUCGUGCAUAAUACUGUAAAGAAUGACUAAGUAGUACUCUGAUUGUGCAUAAUAUUGUAAAGAAUGACUAAGUAGUACUCUGAUCAUGCAUUAUACUGUAAAGAAUGACUAAGUAGUACUCUGAUCGUGCAUAAUACUGUAAAGAAUGACUAAGUAGUACUCUGAUCGUGCAUAAUACUGUAAAGAAUGACUAAGUAGUACUCUGAUCAUGCAUUAUACUGUAGAGAAUGACUAAGUAGUACUCUGAUCAUGCAUUAUACUGUAAAGAAUGACUAAGUAGUACUCUGAUCGUGCAUAAUACUGUAAAGAAUGACUAAGUAGUACUCUGAUUGUGCAUAAUAUUGUAAAGAAUGACUAAGUAGUACUCCGAUAAUGUACAUUAUUAUAAAAAAUGACAAAGUAUUACUCUGAUCAUGCAUAAUAUUGUAAAGAAUGACUAAGUAGUACUCUGUGCAUAAUAUUGUAAAGAAUGACAAAGUAGUACUCUGAUCAUGCAUAAUAUUGUAAAGAAUGACUAAGUAGUACUCUGAUCAUGUGCUAAAUUAUAAAGAAUGACAAAGUAGUACUCUGAUAAUGUACAUUAUUGUAAAAAAUGACAAAGUAUUACUCUGAUCAUGCAUAAUAUUGUAAAGAAUGACUAAGUAGUACUCUCAUCAUGUUCAAUACUGUAAAGAAUGACAAAGUAUUACUCUGAUCAUGCGUAAUAUUGUAAAGAAUGACAAAGUAUUACUCUGAUCAUGCAUAAUAUUGUAAAGAAUGACAAAGUAUUACUCUGAUCAUGUUCAAUAUUGUAAAGAAUGACUAAUUAUUACUCUGAUCAUUUCUCCUUCCGCUUGAUUGGAAGGAAAUAACCUUUUCAAGAAGAAGUGACAACACUGGACUCUGAGCGCACUUUGCCAACACCUUUAGCCCCGCCCCCUGACAUUGGUACUCCCCAAAUGUACUUGGUGACUCUGAAUAAUGUACAUACUUCUUCUGUGUACUUGGUGACUCUGAAUAAUGUACAUACUUCUUCUGUGUACUUGGUGACUCUGAAUAAUGUACAUACUUCUUCUGUGUACUUGGUGACUCUGAAUAAUGUACAUACUUCUUCUGUGUACUUGGUGACCCUGAAUUAUGUACAUACUUCUUCUGUGUACUUGGUGACCCUGAACUAAGUACAUACUUCUUCUGUGUACUUGGUGACUCUGAAUAAUGUACAUACUUCUUCUGUGUACUUGGUGACCCUGAACUAAGUACAUACUUCUUCUGUGUACUUGGUGACUCUGAACUAUGUACAUACUUCUUCUGUGUACUUGGUGACUCUGAAUUAUGUACAUACUUCUUCUGUGUACUUGGUGACCCUGAACUAAGUACAUACUUCUUCUGUGUACUUGGUGACUCUGAAUUAUGUACAUACUUCUUCUGUGUACUUGGUGACCCUGAACUAUGUACAUACUUCUUCUGUGUACUUGGUGACUCUGAACUAUGUACAUACUUCUUCUGUGUACUUGGUGACUCUGAAUAAUGUACAUACUUCUUCUGUGUACUUGGUGACUCUGAACUAUGUACAUACUUCUUCUGUGUACUUGGUGACUCUGAACUAUGUACAUACUUCUUCUGUGUACUUGGUGACUCUGAAUUAUGUACAUACUUCUACUGUGUACUUGGUGACUCUGAAUUAUGUACAUACUUCUUCUGUGUACUUGGUGACCCUGAACUAAGUACAUACUUCUUCUGUGUACUUGGUGACUCUGAAUUAUGUACAUACUUCUUCUGUGUACUUGGUGACCCUGAACUAUGUACAUACUUCUUCUGUGUACUUGGUGACUCUGAACUAUGUACAUACUUCUUCUGUGUACUUGGUGACUCUGAAUAAUGUACAUACUUCUUCUGUGUACUUGGUGACUCUGAACUAUGUACAUACUUCUUCUGUGUACUUGGUGACUCUGAACUAUGUACAUACUUCUUCUGUGUACUUGGUGACUCUGAACUAUGUACAUACUUCUUCUGUGUACUUGGUGACUCUGAAUAAUGUUCAUACUUCUUCUGUGUACUUGGUGACCCUGAAUAAUGUUCAUACUUCUUCUGUGUACUUGGUGACUCUGAAUUAUGUACAUACUUCUUCUGUGUACUUGGUGACUGAACUAUGUACAUACUUCUUCUGUGUACUUGGUGACUCUGAACUAUGUACAUACUUCUUCUGUGUACUUGGUGACUGAACUAUGUACAUACUUCUUCUGUGUACUUGGUGACUCUGAACUAUGUACAUACUUCUUCUGUGUACUUGGUGACUCUGAAUAAUGUACAUACUUCUUCUGUGUACUUGGUGACUCUGAAUUAUGUACAUACUUCUUCUGUGUACUUGGUGACUCAGAACUAUGUACAUACUUCUGUGUACUUGGUGACUCUGAAUUAUGUACAUACUUCUUCUGUGUACUUGGUGACUCUGAACUAUGUACAUACUUCUUCUGUGUACUUGGUGACUCUGAAUUAUGUACAUACUUCUUCUGUGUACUUGGUGACUCUGAACUAUGUACAUACUUCUUCUGUGUACUUGGUGACCCUGAAUAAUGUUCAUACUUCUUCUGUGUACUUGGUGACUGAACUAUGUACAUACUUCUUCUGUGUACUUGGUGACUCUGAAUAAUGUACAUACUUCUUCUGUGUACUUGGUGACCCUGAAUAAUGUACAUACUUCUUCUGUGUACUUGGUGACUCUGAACUAUGUACGUACGUCUUCUGUGUACUUGGUGACUGAACUAUGUACAUACUUCUUCUGUGUACUUGGUGACUCUGAACUAUGUACGUACUUCUUCUGUGUACUUGGUGACUGAACUAUGUACAUACUUCUUCUGUGUACUUGGUGACUGAAUUAUGUACAUACUUCUUCUGUGUACCUGGUGACUCUGAACUAUGUACAUACUUCUUCUGUGUACUUGGUGACUCUGAAUUAUGUACAUACUUCUUCUGUGUACUUGGUGACUGAAUUAUGUACAUACUUCUUCUGUGUACUUGGUGACUCUGAACUAUGUACAUACUUCUUCUGUGUACUUGGUGACUCUGAAUAAUGUACAUACUUCUUCUGUGUACUUGGUGACUCUGAACUAUGUACAUACUUCUUCUGUGUACUUGGUGACUGAACUAUGUACAUACUUCUUCUGUGUACUUGGUGACUCUGAAUAAUGUACAUACUUCUUCUGUGUACUUGGUGACUGAAUUAUGUACAUACUUCUUCUGUGUACUUGGUGACUCUGAAUAAUGUACAUACUUCUUCUGUGUACUUGGUGACUCUGAACUAUGUACAUACUUCUUCUGUGUACUUGGUGACUGAAUUAUGUACAUACUUCUUCUGUGUACUUGGUGACUCUGAAUUAUGUACAUACUUCUUCUGUGUACUUGGUGACUCUGAACUAUGUACAUACUCCUUCUGUGUACUUGGUGACUCUGAAGUAUGUACAUACUUCUUCUGUGUACUUGGUGACUCUGAACUAUGUACAUACUUCUUCUGUGUACUUGGUGACUCUGAACUAUGUACAUACUUCUUCUGUGUACUUGGUGACUCUGAACUAUGUAGAUACUUCUUCUGUGUACUUGGUGACUGAACUAUGUACAUACUUCUUCUGUGUACUUGGUGACUCUGAACUAUGUACAUACUUCUUCUGUGUACUUGGUGACUCUGAACUAUGUACAUACUUCUUCUGUGUACUUGGUGACUCUGAACUAUGUAGAUACUUCUUCUGUGUACUUGGUGACUCUGAACUAUGUACAUACUUCUUCUGUGUACUUGGUGACUCUGAAGUAUGUACAUACUUCUUCUGUGUACUUGGUGACUCUGAACUAUGUACAUACUUCUUCUGUGUACUUGUGUGGCUCAUUGGCAGCCAAAAGGGAGAAAAGAGAAACAAAGACUUCAAAAUGGAAGUGACUCCAAA